AUGAUUAUGGCAACGGAUAUCAAGACCAAUAAAGUGAAGAACGAAGAGUUCAAGAUCUGGAAAAAGAGUGUUCCCUCUUUAUAUGAGCAUAUUGCAUGCCUACAGCCCUCAUUCAAUUCAGAAAUUGAAGAAAAGGGUGGGAUAAGUCAUUUUAAUACUGUCUUAUUCAAUCAAUCAAUUUCCGAAUUUUCUGAGAAAGGACUUGUAAGUACUUCCUUGUAUUAUUCACAAGGAAGUAACAUCUAUGAAAUUAAGGUACAAUUGCCAUUAGGUACAUAUAAAGUGAUAGAUACAGGAGAGCUUUCCCAGCCCCAGUAUGAUGGCAGCUGCUUUGGGCAACCCGAUUCGCCUAAGUGGGUAUUUGAAGGGGAGACCAUUAUCAAAAUGGAAAUUUAUUCCUCAAUGUUAAUUGCAUUGAGUACUACCGGCAAAUUGGCUUGGUUUGAUAGCUCGAGUAAAAACCCGAUCAAAGUUUUAGCCAGCGAAGUUGCAUCAACUGAAGAGCAAUCUUCUAGUGUCUUUGAUAUAUCUAGCGAUGGCAAAUAUGUGAUACUCUCUGAGUCUGGAAAAGCAGUUACAAAGGUUUCAAUUAUUGACAAUAAGGAAAAACUUGGUCAAAUAUUGCGCGUUAUUACUGUAGCCGGUACCAAACGUGUACUAGAUAUAAAGUUCCAUACAACGACCCUUUUUAGCGCUGUGUGUGAUGAUAACGUACAAAAGUUUUGGGAUGUGAGAGGAACGGAUAAUGAACCGUUGUUAUUAUUCUAUCCAAACAAAGCAAACUCUAGCUCUAGUUACGGUAAUGAGACAGAAGAUAGCGACAAUGUAGGAGAGGAUGAAGGUAAUCUCAGCGCCAUUGAAGUUUCUAAGAUAUUUGAUACUCUUUUCAUCACAGGUUCGGACACCGGUGUGAUAAAACUGUGGGAUUUGCGUUCAAUAACGGCAUCGAAUGCUAGAGAAGUCAAGGAGGCAAACGACAUUGUAACUUUCUAUCAGAUAGAAAAUGACCCGGUUGUUGGAAUUCAAUUUAGUACCUUGGAUCCACAGUGUUUCGUUACCGUGGGCAAAUCUGGUAAUGUCUAUCAUUGGGAUAUUACUUACUUAAUCAAUGAAGCCGGUACCCAUGAAAAUGCGGAAGAACACGAAGAAAUCUCUCAAGAGGAUUUACAAGAACACUGUCUAAAGUUCUUACAUACGGGAGGUGGCAGGAGAUCUGCUUCUACACCUGAAAACCCAGUUUUGCUUAAAUCCUCGGUGACGAUUCACCCUCAGAUUCGGGAUAUAGUUGGAACAGUUGAUGGAGAUGGAUUUUUAACGGUCUAUAAGGGCUUCUACGGCAGAAAAGAUGACGCUGUGGAAUCAGAAUAG